CCUUGCCCUUGUUGCCUUGAAUCAGCUCCGCAAUAUCGGCACAACCAUCGCGCGAGCCUUAAGCUUUGAGUGCGCAUGUACAUUUCAGCGUCAUGGUGAGUUGUACAGUCCGCCUUGUUUCGCUCAAGAACUGUCUUGUAAAUCUGCCAGAAGCGCUAGCGAGUUCACUUGCUGAAACAGAUACCUUGGCGCAAGAUGUCGUUGCACUGCUCGGACACAACGGGCAGCAGAUCGCAUGCGGUUGGACUGGGCACAGCUCUUCUGGCAGAAAGUUUGUUGAGAUGGAUCCAGCCUUUGCGCGCAACAUUGGAGCGCAAGAAGGUGUGGAAAUGGACGUGGGCGUGACCCUCGAGUAUGCCUCAGCCGACGUGAUUUGGGUCGAGCCUCAAAGUCCGGAUGACUGGGAGAUCAUGGAAUUACAUGCCAGUUUUCUCGAGCUCAAUCUGUUGAACCAGAUACGCGCAGUAGCGGUCUCAGUGCCGCUCACCAUUUACCUAAAUGCUAACACAACGGCCACCAUCGAAGUCAAGCGAAUUGAACCUGAAUCAGCUGCGAGUGCCUCUUUUGCACGUAUUUCAUCGACAGCCGAAGUGAUCGUCUCACCCAAGACCCGCAUUGUGAACGGUACGACAAAAAAGUCGAAGAGUGUCACAAGCACUCGUUCGCGCCACAGCACAGCGCGUAAGCGACGUCAUGCAUUUUUGCGCUGUGACUUGAAUGAGGGGGUACAAUCUAACUUGACCGGCCUUUGUGCUCAAGUUCCGAAUUCGUUGCUUCGUGCAGAUCUAGGUCUUGCUUCUAUGCUCGAGGCGACCAUUGUCUUACCAUCCCCUCUACACAGCAAGUCGCCGAACGACGCUGCGUUACAGCCUCAGCUUCUCAAUGAUACGAGCACAAGCCCCGUCAGUCCUAGCAGAACCAUCACCCUGCGUGCGGUGGGGUCCGACACUCUGCAAGAGGGACAUGUCAUUCUCUCCAACCAAGCCGAGGCUGCUUUGAAUGCUGUAGUGGGUUCACGACUCAAAAUCACAGCAGCGAAUAUAACAAAGCAAUCAAUCUCUACCCUCACUUGCCACCCCAUUGCUGGCUCCGCGAGCGCAAAAGAAAUUGUUAUUGGCGGCAAUAGCCAAGAUCUUUUCAUCGAAAAAUGCCGAGUCAAAUUACGGACUCUCGAGAGUGAGCCAAUCAGCCAUGGGCUCUUGCUCGAUGACUUUAUCGUCUCGCUGGAAUCUGGCUCCGGUUGGGCUCUGCUUCCGGACACAAAAGACAUGAAGCUUUUGCGUGGAUCUGAUGCAACCAUGACAUUUCAGCGGCCUGAGUCAACUGAAGUUGCGCUUGUCAAAGGUGUAGGCAAUCUCACCCAAAAAGCUCACAAAGCAAUUCUAAGAACCAACGGUGUGUUGUUUCAUGGAUCCCGCGGUUCCGGUAAGACUGUGCUGACGCUGGCAUGCGCUCACUUCGCGCGAUCCCAAAGUAUUCACGUGGUCACCGCCGGCUGUUCCGGUCUUUCAGAAGAGCGCCUACCCGUCAUCAAAGAGGCCAUCAAUCAAUGGCUCAUGACAGCGUCGUGGUACGAGCCAUCAAUUGUUGUGCUUGACGAUCUGGACAGACUGUGCCCUGCUGAGGUCGAGCAUGCAGACUCAACCAGGGCCCGUCAAAUCGCUGAGGUGAUCCUCGCUAGUGUGAAGCACUUCAGGCAACGGCACAGCAUUGGUCUCGUAGCGACUUGCCAAUCUGUUGAAGCACUGCAUCCCCUUCUGACUACAGGGCACCUAUUUGACGAGUCCCUGGCACUCAAAACACCCAGCAAAGCCGCGCGGAUAGAGAUUGUGCAGGCAUUGGUGGACAACAAGCCGGAUUGUAAUGUCGAUUGGCUACAAGUGGCGAACAUGACAGAAGGAUACCUUGCCGGGGAUCUGCGGAGUCUGACGGAGCGUGCUGAGCAACAGGCACUUGUUCGUGAGAUGCGCACCGAGGAACAAUCAACUGGCCAAUUGCAAACAAGCGACUACAAGAUCGCAAUUCAGGACUUUACACCUGCAUCAUUGCGUGGGAUCAAAUUGCAAAAAUCCACUGUCGAAUGGAACGAUAUUGGCGGACUGGAAGACACGCGGCGUAUUCUUCUCGAAACAUUGGAAUGGCCAACUCGCUACGCGCCAAUUUUCGCAAAUUGCCCUCUCAGGUUACGAUCUGGCCUUUUGCUGUACGGGUAUCCUGGCUGUGGCAAGACUUUGCUGGCUUCUGCGGUGGCAUCCGAAUGUGGACUCAAUUUUAUUUCCGUCAAAGGACCCGAGAUAUUGAACAAGUACAUUGGAGCAUCCGAAAAGUCAGUGCGUGAUCUGUUCGAUCGCGCGCAAGCAGCAAAGCCGUGUGUCCUGUUUUUCGACGAGUUUGACUCGAUUGCUCCCAAGCGUGGCCAUGAUUCGACUGGCGUAACGGAUCGUGUUGUGAAUCAAAUGCUCACACAAAUGGAUGGCGCGGAAGGGCUAGACGGCGUGUACGUCCUAGCAGCUACGUCCCGUCCUGAUCUGAUUGAUCCAGCUCUGUUGCGCCCAGGGCGAUUGGACAAAUCAUUGUUGUGCGACAUGCCGUCGCGUUCAGAUAGGCUCAGCAUUCUACAGGCUCUUUCGAGAAAACUCCAUCUCGAUCCUGCUGUGGACCAGGCAUGGCUGGCAGAGCGGACUGAAGGAUUUUCUGGGGCGGACAUGCAAGCUUUGCUCUACAACGCCCAUCUGGAUGCUAUUCACGAUACCAUCGCCCAAAUCGAGGCUGAUGAAAGUAAGGGCGUGAAGGAGUCCGGGCAAUCAAGGAAUCACACGUCUUCGCCGACAUUCAUGCAAUUCAAACUCACGGACAACAAUACGGAGGGAAGUGAUAUUCAUCGCACUCUGGCAGAGCGGGCGGCUGCAAUUGCCCGCGUCGAGGCGAUCAUCAAGCACCAGGCCACACGCAGGACAAAAGAGGUCGAUGUUGGUUAUGCGAGGCCGGAGAUUCUUAUUAGCCGAAGUCACUUGGAGAAGUCUUUGCAGACGACAAGACCCUCUAUUGCGAGAACGGAAAGAACCCGGCUUGAUAGGAUAUACCAUGAAUUUGUGGACGGCCGAAGCGCUGAUGGUCUGCCUGAUGGCUCUGCUUCAUCGGAGAUCGGUAAAAGGAGCACCCUGGGGUAGUCUGCGACGGUGAUGGACUCCCGAGCAAGCAUAUAGAAGCUUGCAGUUCAAGCAUCACGUAGAGUUGAGCUGCAGGAUACACGGUGCCCAUGGAUGACAGUCUUUGCAACUGACGCUGGGCCUGCAGUAGUCAAUCAC